CUGAAAGGAAGACCAGGUUUAUGCUGACCUAAACAAAAGAAGUUUAGAUUCAGUUGAGUGAAACUAAGACUAUAAAGAUGAGCCUGUGGCUGCUGAUGAUUUGGGUAUCUUACGCUAUGGGAUCAGUAACAGAGCCGUCCAUCGUGACGCAGUGGCCGAUGGUGGCUGAGGUGACAGCUGGAGAGGACGUUGUUUUAAAAUGCAGUAUUAUAGAGUUAUACUCCUCGUGUUCAACAGUGACUUGGCUAAGAGUCAAUUCAGAAAACGCAACAAUCAGCCGCACCAACAGACUUCAACUGGAUGCUCAGAACUCAGAAUCUGAACCAAGCGUUUGUACUGCUGUUAUCACCAACUCAACGGUGCAUGACUCCAGUAUUUACUACUGUGCAGCUGCCCAUAGCCGCUUCGCUCACAUUGGAAAUGGAUCCAGAGUCAUUGUGAAAGAACACACUGUGCUUCCUGUUAUUGAUAUUCUUACGCCGCUGAUCACGAAUGCUCCUUUAGUCCCGCUUCAGUGUGUUGUGACGGGGGCCAAAUCUUCACAGGUUCGAAUGCACUGGUCUGUGGAGGGAAGAAAAGAGAAAGGACAGGCGGUUUUGAAACAUGGAAAUGAUGGGGCCGUUCAGAUCAGCAGGAACCAGAUCCUGAUCACUGCUGAGGAAUGGGAGAGGAAGAUGCAGUGUGUGUGCGUAGUGGAAUUGGGAGGACAGAUCUUUACCAAAACCCUUCAGACAUAUGGUACAGUAUAACAAUAUAAAAGAAUGAC